AUGGAAUCACACCACCACUCUGGUAUAUCACACCACAACUCUAAUGGUUCUAGUACUUCGACCACAAUCGACUCGUUGUCACCAUCCCUAUCGAUCUCCAACUCUUCAACACCACCAUUAUACAACAGUGGCGAUAAGAAACGACUCAGAAUUUUGUGUUUGCAUGGAUACAAACAAAACGCAAAUUUGUUCAAGAGCAAGACCGCUGUACUUAGAAAAUCUUUAGAUGAUAUUGCAGAGUUUGUUUACGUUGAUGCUCCACAUACAAUUGAUGAAGCUAAAGGUACAGCCUCUUGGUGGAGAGCUAGUGGUGAUGGAAAAGAGUAUCGUGGUUGGGAAACUACUCUUGAUUAUCUUAAAAAUAUUUUUAUUAAAAAGGGACCAUUUGAUGGAAUUAUUGGAUUUUCUCAAGGUGCCAUUUUAUCAAGUUUAAUUAGUUCAAUCUCAUCUCUCAAUCAAGAGAGUGAUAAUUAUUUUACUGGAUACAAGGAAAUUUCGAUCAAAUUUAGUUUGUUGUUUAGUGGUUUCCAAAGCAGAGCCACUGUUCACCAAUCUCUCUAUCCUUCCAACGACAAUGAAAGCAAUCAAGGAUCAUACCCACUCUCCAAGAUUGCUACCCCUUCUCUACACGUCUGGGGCAAGGCUGACGAAUUGGUAUCCGCCUCCAAUUGCGAAAGUCUCUCACUCCAAUUCUCUGAACCACAUAUUUAUAUUCACGAACAAGGUCAUCUCAUUCCUCUCUCCAAGAAAGAUAUCGAACACUAUAGAAACUUUCUUCAACAAUUUUUAAAUAACGAAGAAGGGUUGGAAUAA